ACUCCCAUCUUUUUCCCUUACUAUUGCAUUUUGUAUAAAUCCACUAUUUUCAGUUUUGUAUCUCUCUCUCUCUAGAUUUUAGAACGCUGCAUCGAGCCCUAGGGUUUCUCUUAGUGAGAGAAAAAUUAAAAUCGGUGUAGAGAAAUGGGGCAGCAGUCGUUGAUCUACAGUUUCGUGGCGCGUGGAACGGUAAUCCUAGCGGAGUACACUGAGUUUACGGGUAAUUUCACCAGCAUAGCCUCUCAGUGCCUGCAGAAACUGCCCGCGACUAACAACAGGUUCACCUACAACUGCGAUGGUCACACCUUUAACUAUCUCGUGGAGGAUGGAUUCACAUAUUGUGUCGUUGCUGUUGAAUCUUCUGGAAGACAGAUUCCUAUGGCAUUCCUCGAGCGUAUUAAGGAGGAUUUUACCAAAAAAUAUAGUGGAGGAAAGGCUGCUACAGCUGUUGCCAACAGCCUGAAUAAGGAGUUUGGGCCCAAAUUGAAGGAGCAAAUGCAAUACUGUGUAGAUCAUCCAGAAGAGAUCAGCAAGCUUUCAAAGGUGAAAGCUCAGGUUUCAGAAGUCAAAGGAGUGAUGAUGGAAAACAUUGAGAAGGUUCUUGACCGUGGUGAGAAAAUUGAGCUUCUGGUGGACAAAACUGAGAAUCUUCGCUCUCAGGCACAAGAUUUCAGGACGCAAGGAACCCAGAUGAGAAGAAAGAUGUGGUUGCAGAACAUGAAAAUAAAGUUGAUUGUCCUUGGUAUCAUCAUUGCCUUGAUCCUUAUCAUUGUUUUGUCUGCCUGUGGUGGAUUCAAAUGUCACUAGGAUGCGAAACUCCCCCAUAUGUUUCGUUUUUUCCUAUUGAAUAGCUUGUUUGUUCUCCUAAAUAUUUGCCCAUGCCUUUGCUAUGUAGUCUGUAUUUUGUGAGACGUGAUUGUAUAGUUUUGUAUGACUGGAUCGGAUCCUCUGAAUAUGGUUAGUGAAAGAGUCAGAUUGUUUCGAAGAACUACGAAAUACUAUAAACAAGUUGGGUUUUGGUUUA